AUGACGGCAAACGCAGCAAGUGCUACAGGCAGAGGCCUGCAUCAUGAAAUACAGGAGGUUAUUGUACAGAUGGAGACUUUAAGGGUACCUGAACUCAAGGCUGUGUGCCGAUCACUGGGACAAACGAUAGCAGGACGGAAGGCAGAGCUACAGGAACGCAUAAGGAGUUAUGUGAGGAACUCAUGCACUAUAGGAUAUGUGGACCCAUGGCGACCCAAGACGGUGCGACUACUGAUAGAUAAAGUCAAGCUGGGGGAGACUCUGCCUAGUUAUGAGGAUGUCUGGAUGACCCUACGAACUGGCGUUUACAAUCACCCAGUUGCUACAGGCCAUCAGCCCGUGAGCACACUCCAACAGCCAGCGGCAACCACGGUUUCGCCAGGCUAUGCAGAUCAUCCAAACCCAGCGUGGCCCAGUGAGGUAGCAAAAUCACAAGCGCUGAGGUCGAAGGUGCCUAAGCAGCCGUCUUUAUACUUCAAACCAACUCCAUUCUAUAAGAUGAAGAAAAUGAUCCCAGAGACUGCACAGAAGAUCAACAUAACGAAUGUCAGAGGUGCCUGUGUGGCAAAGUUCAAGCUCACUAAGGCUGACUGGGCUUUGUUGGAGUCUGACAAGAAAUACAAGCUAUAUCUACUGUGUGGGGAGCUCACUGGCACACCGACAACGGCAGGUGAACCGAUACAAUUUCCUCAUCCCAACGAAAUACGAUUCAAUAAUGUCCAAGUGAAGGAUAACGUGAGGGGACUGAAGAACAAACCUGGAACAGCAAAGCCUGCCGAUUUAACUCCAUACCUGCGGCCUUCUCCGCAAAUGAACGUUUUAGAGGUUGUUUAUGCUUUCACUAAAAGUGAGUAUUACAUAUAUUGCUACAUCGUAGAGCAAGUCACACCAGAAGAAUUACUUGCCGAGGUCCUGGCACGUCCAAAGAUAAUAAAAGCUGCAACUCUGAGCUAUAUCAAGCGGUGCUUAAGCGAGGAAGAGGACGACCUGAUAACGACUAAUACAGUCAUGACUCUCCAGUGUCCUGUCUCCUACACCCGGAUGAAAUAUCCCAUUAAAUCCGUAAUGUGUAAGCACUUGCAGUGCUACGAUGCUCUUUGGUACAUUUGUUCGCAGAUGCAAAUUCCAACGUGGCAGUGCCCUGUUUGCCAGAUAAGCAUCUCUUUGAAAGACUUGGCUAUAUGUGAAUAUGUUGAUGAAAUUUUAAAAAACUCUAAUGAAGAUGUUGAACAAGUGGACAUAUCUACCGACGGUUCAUGGAAACCGCUCACGGAAGAGAAGCCAGUCCAGAAGGAAACAAAUAAGUCGACAGAAACGACAGUGAAGAAAGAAUAUAACGAUGAUGAUGAAGAAAGUGACUUGCCCUUAUCAAGGCUUCUUCAGGGGGACUCGAGGUCAGCGACACCAAAUGAACCAGUAGUGAUCUCACUUGAUAGUGACGCGGAAGACGAGACAACUGACAUGGGUGAGGUCAAUGGAAAUGACAAUCAGCAACAGUCGGGAUCUGUGCCUUCCGGUCCUGUACCGUCUAGUGGAUCGUACAUGGACAGUAGCACCAGUGACUCGGGACAAACUCUUGAUCCAAAGAUAAGAGAAGCCAAUACACCUACAGCGGCAACAAAAAACCAUGGCCCUCAAGAGAACAGCAUCAAUUACGUAAAUCGUCAUCAAGAGGUUCCUAAUAUACUAGGAAAAACGCCUCUCCAAAAUAGCCAUUCAGAUCAAGAUACAUCUUUGCGUGAAGCUGAUCCCGCCUCACCAACUCCCAUGUCAAGUGCUAGGAACUCAUAUUACCCUUCAGUGAGCGGUAGUUUCAAUAAUAAUAAUGAGCAGUCAUCAAGAGCGUCAGAUUCAAGUCUGCCGCCUCAUAAUAAUACACCGCCAGUCCUACGACGACCAACCGAUAGUUCAGCUAAUUCCAUCUUAGGUCUAACAGGGCAGGUUGUGGUUCCGCCAACAUCGGAAAAUUCAUUACCUCCCCUACUGCACACCAACGGUGGCAAUUCGCCUAAUGAAAGCGGAACAAAUGAUACAGAUCAGCCUUCAACUGAUGCUCCAAAACUACCACCAUUGCCACCGGCAUCAAAGUUAUACAAUAGGUCGGAUCGUGACAAUUCCAGCGACACGAGCCAUAGCUUCGUCUAUAUUCCUCCAUAUUCAAGAGGAAAGAGGCCGAUCGUAUCCCCAUUCAUACCUAAGAAGCCGUACAUGAAUCAUUUACCGCAAAAGAGACAACUUUCGAGCAACUCACAACACACAAUUAAUGGCAACAACAUUGAUAAUGGAAACGGAGCCAAUGCUCAAACAUUAGGCGUUUCGGUGUCGGAUGCCCCCGCAAGCUCCACACAUUCCGACGAUUUUAUAGACUUGACGUCCGACUAA